AUGGAGCAUGGCGACUUUGUCGCUAUGACUCCUCACUCUCCAUGCACUCGUUCCAUGGCUUCAUCGAGACACAUUGACAAAGGCACGGAGGAUACACGAGGCCAGAAUGAGAUGCAGCGAGAGAGAGACAUGGCGAAUGGGGUGAGCACACCUCGCCGGCAACUGAGUCAUGAUAGAAUGGACGAAAUCAUUUCCACUGCCUCACAGCGGCACAUGCAACAACAGAGCGAGAAGGAGUUGGACAGGGGUCCGCCCGCUGUGGUCGUGAGCCCCAACGCCAUUUCUGUCUUUCCGCACCAAAGCAGCAGUUCCCUUGUCAGUUUCAUUACUCCAUCAUCAUCGUCACAGAUGAUUCCAGGGACGAUUCCUUCUGAGUCUGUGGUUCUCUCCACGCCACUUGUCGGGCAACGCGGUCCCCAUCGUCAUAUGAGGCCUCUCGACAAGGUGUCGUCACUUGAUAAUGAGCAGGUCUACUCGCAUGAGGACCGGAGGCCGUCGCACUACACGAUGGCCUCUUAUAGCAGUGGCGGCGCUGGCGUUUCACUGGAAGUAGACAACCUCGCGGAGCUCGGCAACACCCCGUGCCCCACGCCGUUUGGGAGACGGUUCACUCAACUGGAGCCGCCUCUCCCACAGGUGACGCUUAACAGUCGUUUGGCGUCUGCCCGAUCUACCCCCGCUGAUGGCACAGGCACGUCCUCCGGCUCUCAGGAGACUCGGGCAUCGUCGAAGUGGAGCACGGCAAGCCGACACUGCUACGUGCCUGGGCGCGCCUCUAGACUCCACUCGGGCACCUCUGUUUCUGACGGUGGAGGUGGACCGUUUAUCGCUCUCUUGAGCACCACUUCGCGGGCUACAACCCAAGCAAGUCAACCUACCACACGGGGGCCGAACGAGUCCCUCCACGGCCUGGAUACAAGCGACACGCGAGCGUCGCUGCUGUCUCUCACGAGCGAGACGGUCUCCACUUCAGAGUGGACAACCCUCACGCCGGUGCGGCAUCGGGAUGAGUACGUGAUGCACCGCACGUCGCUGCCACCGCCACCGUCAAUGCGCACUAGGACCUUCAUCCAUGCCGGGGCAAUGGCACCCACGUUGCUUGCACCCGACAUGUACACUUCGACUCGCUUGAUGCCUUCUCCAAUGAUGGUGUCGACGUCAUUGGCAGUAGAGCCGCAGCCUCUGGAACCUUAUUUUAUAACGCACAAUCCUCUCACAAAGCAGCAACGACUCUCGGAUAAGGAUCUCGGUGGUCAUGCAACGGCGUCCUUUCAGUUCUACGAUGGGGACGCACCAGGGACAGCCGUCACCCCUCGCGCCCAUUACGCAGGUCGACGCUCUCCUUUGCUGCGCGGCUGCGCAGGUACAGGGCGAGGCGCAUCGCGCACGCCGCCCAUCGCAGUGCUCGUUCCGUUUGCACCAGAGCCCGCGGCACCGGCCUCAGCCUCACCGCCGCCUACGCAACAGUUGGAGGGUGAGGCUUAUGAGGUGAACGCCAGCAGUCUGAGCUCAGAGCGGAGCUGGUGCUACGGAGAGCUGCCCUCGCUGAGACCACAUCGUCAAGAGCCGGCGCCAGCACCAGAGUCGCGCGCUUCGGUGUGUGUGUCGCCACUUCACCCUUCACUCUCCCACGUAUUUUUGCCAUCUCCAGAGCCGCCACUGUCGCGGUCGACGCCGGCACACUCUUCUCCGCCUUGCAAUGACGAUCCUACGCUACUGGAGUACGUCGCUGGGUUGAAGCCGCCACGCGGCUCCUGCAGCAUCCGUGGUGGUCUUCUGUGUGUGGGCGGCACGCUCUGCGUCAUGCCAUUGUGUGCCGUCGUUCUGCUGUUAAGUUUACACUACUGGGCUGUUACAUUGCAGGAGUCCAGCUACGCGACGGUGGUGCUCCGUCCUCACGUGGGAGGUAUGACGGCUGAAUCGGCGCUGCUGCUCGGCAUUCUGCUUGCAUUUUUGGUGAUGGGCGGCGGGGGCGGCGUUAGCCUCUAUGCCGUGCUCUACCGCCUCGCCAUCCGCUGCCACCUGCGCGCCUUUGCACUGUGUGUCCGACUUGCAGACGCGCCUUCACAUUUAGAUAUUCAUCACCUCGCAGUGGAGGACUUGGGGGGCCGUUGCGACAGCGCGAUGCCGAUCGACGCAGCUGCCGCGGCGGUACAGCAAUCUGCCAACGACAGUGCUCAUGUGAGCAGCUUCUCUCCAUUCGCCGUUCGGUGGCAUGAAGAGGUGGGUCGACUUGUUAAUAAUCUCACGUGCGCAAUAGAGGUGAACCAGGCGGAGUGGCGCUCCUUUCUCGCCUCGGAGCGGCGCAGCCUCGUCAUGCCACAUGAAGACACCAACUGGAUCAGCGAUUGCCCUGUAGUAGCGACAACACCGACUGACGGCCCGUUUUGCAGCAGUAACAACAGCCGCUCGCUCCCUUGCGGUGUUCAACCUGCAGUACCCACGGCGGAGAAGGAGUCGUGGUCGUUGUGUGGCACACAACGCGGGUCUCGGUAUCGAAUGAGCGAAGCCGUUUUCUCCCGGCGACCGCAGCACCCCGUGGACGUGAGCAAGCGGCAAGAGUCGGUCACUGUGGUGGUGUGCCGUCUCAUGGUUCCGACUGAGCUACUCGUGCAGCAGAGUCCCCUGACGCGGGCGCAGCUGGAGGAGUUGCAGCGGCUCUCGAACGAGUUUCAUCAGCGCCUCCGCGCCGUACCUCGAACGUCGUACGCCGCUAUUACGGAGGUGAGUGUAUCCGAGGUGGUCUUCUCCUUCAACACCGUUUCCCCACUACCUUCUCUGGUAGCAAGCCCUGCAGCCGUGGCACUGGCUGUGGCAGCGAGCAAGGCGCUUGUGGAGUGGCGGCCGACCUAUCUUGGCACUUCGGUGAGGUGGGGUAUCGCUGUGCACCGCUUUGAUGCUUACACUUGCCCCACGCGCGGUACGCAAGGGCGGCUCUACGUCAGUUUUGGAACAGUGGAGUACGAUUUUGCCCGUCUGCUGGCGGAGCUGGCGGCACUGUUUGACUAUGGCGCACUGUGUCACGCCGGGUUUCUUGCGGAUGCCUCGUGUGAGUCGCAAAGUCUCCCGGUAGACUACGUGAUGGAUUUGCGCCAGCAGGCAUUUCUGGUGUACCAGCUUCACGACGGCGACGUCGACAGGAAACAGCGGGCGCAGAUGCAUAGAGCGAUAGCGGCGAUGCGCAACGGUGAGUACAAGGAGGCUGCGGAUGCAUUGGAAGCGUGGAGUCGGAAAAGCGGCAGCUGCGGCGGUUUUGCGAGGGCUGCCGCACACCUUCGAUAUGUGGCAGGUUUUCUGGAGCGCGCUGCACGUCAGCGUCGUCCACACGUUUUGGAGGGCAAAGUAGCGUCAGAGAGCUCGCCCUCUUUCCUUCUUUCGAUUGAGGGCGUUGCCGAGUGGGCUGCAGAAAGUCUUCUGACGUCGUACUUCCGCCCACCGCCGGUGUGGGAAGAGGAGGAGGAGGCGCCCAUAGCGCCUCGAAUGUCAAACCCUGACCGGCUCCGCGCACCGUCCAUUCUUUCGACUAGCGGGGGCGGCGGUGGUUGCAGCUCGGGAACAGGGGAGUCGUGCCGAAGCAACGUCGCUGUGCCACCUCCCGCGCUACCACGCGAUUGUAGCGCGGGGGAGCUUGCAACUUUCCGUCAAGCACUAAUGCACCGCUCAUCUCCCGCUCGCAUCCCCUACGUAUCGCCGACUCCGCAACGAGAAGGGCCAACAGGACCAAGGGCCAUCAAGGAGUCUCUGCAUCGGCCGUGCGAGGUCGCGAUAGCACUAGAGGCGGAUGCAGGACCACUCAGCUCUCUGCGGAGGAACGAUGAGCCACUUUCUUCUGCGACCCAGUCCUUCUGCCGCGGAGGCAAUGUGCUGGAGUCCGGCUCUGCGCCUCUUUCGCUGCGCGACAACGUCGCCGGCUGCUCUUCCUUGUCGCCUGCGACGCGCUGCGUUUUUGAGAUGUCAACUCCAACCACUGCCCUGCCCGACAUGUCGAACGGAGACCAGAUGUGGGCCGCACUCGCAUCUCCGACAGAGCCGGACCUGGGCAGCGUCACCAUGACUGCGCAGAGGCCGCAUCUCCUCUCCAACAGCUGGAGUUUAGCAGAAUCUGAUGUGACCGAGAUGCUGACGCUGACACCGCUAACCUCGGGAGUUUUACUGCCGUCACAGUUGGACUUCUGUCGGCAACGUCAAGCCUCUGUUCUACUCCCGGCGCCAAAGAACGAGGAGGCUGCUGCUGCUGUUGCUGCCUGCGUGCCCACAAUGGGGAGCACUGCUGUGCGCUCUUCGCGAGGGCGGUGUGACAGUGGCAGUAACAAGAGUCACCAGACACACGGUCGUAAUGGCUUUCAACCUGUAACGGAGGUUCCAGCCAGCGAUGAGUGGUCGCCACGGCCGUUUGGGCAGCAAGCCAGCUCCCAGUCGAUCGAUACCACGAUUGCUCGUCUUACGUCCGACGCGAGCCAUGAAUCGGUGUUGGCAUGUUCUGGCUCUGCGCGUCGGCGCGCCUCUGCGAGCACCGCCGCAGUCUCCUCGGUUCUCCCUUUGUUUUCAGGCAGCACAGUACCCUUUAGUGUCCAGGAGAAGAUAGAGGCGCGGAGUGAGGUGGACAUUUCCAGCGAGGUAGACCCUAGCCAAGAGUUGUCGAUGAUGUCUGUUGCCCAGCGUUCCCGUUCCCGGCUCAGCCAGCGCGCGACGGCGCAGCCAUCGUCUGUGGUCUGCUCCUGCACGAGGCGUAUUGAUAGGAGCUCGAGUGACGAGGUGAUGGUCUUCCAGGGCUUUCACCCAGACGGUUAUCUGGUUGCUGUGAAGCGUGCCGACCGUCGAGCAGAGAAGCAGGUGUCGCUGUUGCGGCACGAAGUGGAUCUCUUGCGGGAGGUGCAUCACCGUAACAUUGUCAACAUCGUCAGUGCCUGGAAGGACGACAACGCGGAGUAUUUUUCGAUGGAGUACGCUUGCGAGACGCUCGCGACUGUGCUGCAGAAGUUCAAGGUACUACUGCCCGGGGUGGUGCGCUUCUAUACACGUGAGCUUCUGAACGCUCUGGUCUACCUGCAUCGGGACCGCGGCAUCAUCCACCGGGAUUUGUCACCCAACAACGUUAUCAUCACCAACACAACGGAUCGGAGUCGCGUGAAGCUAAUUGACUUUGGACGCUCUGUCAUGACACCGCACUUGCGCAGCGGAAGCGGCGGUUUGUCGGUGGCAGUGCCCAGCAGUGCCAGCCUCGAGUUCGCGGAGAGCCAUUCGAGCCGCAGCAAGUCAAGCGGCACUGACGUGACCCUUUCGGUAGCCGGGACGCCUCUCUUCAUGUCCCCGCAGGCCUGCCAAGGUCUUUUGCAUCCGACGAGCGACAUCUGGAGCUUGGGCAUCAUUGUGCAUCUGUGCCUCACAGGGACCUAUCCGUACCCGCCAGAAACCUUUACCGAUCCUGAGACAUUUAUUGCCAACGUGGGGAGCGGCAAACUGACCCCGGUGCUCGUGGACACUUGCGAGAUGACUGGCGAGGCGCGCGACUUUAUUGAGCAGUGCUUGACCCUGAGCCACACCAGCCGCUCCUCGGCUGUAGCGCUUCUGAAACACAGCUUUGUAGAGCGCUGA